GACAAACCUUGAUCCGUUUGUGACUCUUCAUUGAUUUGAUUAUUUGAUAUUCUUGGGAAGCAAGGUUGACAAAGGCAGAAAGGCUAGCUAAGAUAAUCAAUUUUAUAACUUUUAACUAAUUUCUUACAUUCUUUUCAUAUUAACGUAUCGAAUCAAUUUGCUGAAACAUAAUUUUUAAAGUGAGCUGUUUAUUAACAUUAUUUGUAAAAGUUUUGUAUAAACAUUCCUUAAUCGAUGGAGUAGAUUUCUACUAGCCGACUGAAAUCGACUUCAUUAAGUGUAUUUGGCUCUAUAACUUGGACAGCCAUAUAUUUGUGUAUAUAUAAAUCAUUAUUAUUCAUUUAUCAUUAUAAUCAUUUUCAUCAUCAUCAUCAUUAUAUAAAAAAUACAACUACAGGUAUUGCAGUAUAUACUAUAAAUACAACAUGGCGGUUCCUUCAACGUCGUUGUCAUCAAGAAAUAAAAAGCAUUUUUUGGGUGUACCAGCCCCAUUAGGAUAUGUUGCUGGUGUUGGCAGAGGAGCAACUGGAUUUACAACACGAUCUGACAUUGGACCCGCUCGCGAUGCAAAUGAUGUUUCAGAUGAUAGACAUGCACCACCAACAAAACGAGCAAAGAAGAAAGAGGAGGAAGAAGAAGAUGAAGAAGAUUUAAACGAUUCCAAUUACGAUGAGUUUUCUGGUUAUGGAGGCUCAUUGUUUAGUAAGGAUCCAUAUGAUAAAGAUGACGAAGAAGCAGAUGCUAUUUAUGAAGCAAUAGACAAACGAAUGGAUGAAAAGCGCAAAGACUAUAGGGAAAAAAGGUUACGUGAAGAAUUGGAGCGUUAUCGUCAAGAAAGGCCCAAGAUUCAACAGCAAUUUUCUGAUCUUAAGAGAGAUCUAGCUCAGGUAUCUGAAAGUGAGUGGAGAAAUGUGCCAGAAGUUGGAGAUGCUAGAAAUAGAAAACAGAGAAAUCCUAGAGCAGAAAAAUUUACUCCUUUACCGGACUCUGUAUUAGCAAGAAAUUUAGGUGGGGAAACUACUACAAGCAUAGAUCCUACGAGUGGCUUAGCAUCUAUGCUACCAGGUGUAGCUACUCCUGGAAUGUUGACCCCAACAGGUGAUUUGGAUCUUAGAAAAAUUGGACAAGCGAGAAACAAUUUGAUGAAUGUGAAACUAAGGCAAGCUUCAGAUUCUGUUGAAGGACAGACUGUUGUAGAUCCUAAAGGUUAUUUAACAGAUUUACAGAGUACCAUUCCUUCUUAUGGAGACAUAAAUGAUAUAAAGAAAGCAAGAUUACUUUUGAAAUCUGUCCGAGAUACAAAUCCUAAUCAUCCUCCAGCAUGGAUAGCAUCAGCUCGUAUGGAAGAGGUCGUUGGAAAAGUACAAGCUGCAAGAAAUUUGAUAAUGAAGGGUUGUGAAAUUAAUCCAUCAUCUGAAGAUUUGUGGCUAGAAGCUGCUAGAUUACAACCACCAGAGACAGCAAAGGCAGUAAUUGCGCAAGCUGUUAGACAUAUUUCUACAUCUGUCAAAAUUUGGAUAAAAGCUGCAGAUUUAGAAUCAGAACUGAAAGCUAAGAAACGAGUAUAUCGUCGUGCUUUGGAACAUAUACCUAACUCUGUUCGAUUAUGGAAAGCUGCAGUGGAAUUAGAAGAACCAGAAGAUGCUCGUAUAUUACUAAGUCGGGCCGUAGAAUGUUGUCCGACAAAUGUCGAUUUGUGGCUAGCCUUAGCUAGAUUAGAGACUUAUGACAAUGCCAGGAAAGUUUUAAAUAAAGCCAGAGAAAAUAUUCCAACAGAUCGACAAAUUUGGAUAACUGCUGCUAAAUUGGAAGAAGCUAAUGGAAAUAAACAUAUGGUGGACAAAAUUAUUGAAAGAGCUAUUUCUUCUCUUAGUGCUAAUGGGGUUGAAAUAAAUCGAGAGCACUGGUUCAAAGAAGCUAUGGAGGCCGAAAAAGCAGGAGCUGUUCACUGUUGCCAAGUUAUUAUUAAAUCAAUUAUUGGAGUUGGAGUUGAAGAAGAAGACCGAAAACAUACUUGGAUGGAAGAUGCAGAAACAUGUGCUCAACAACAAGCCUAUGAAUGUGCUAGAGCAGUUUAUGCAUAUGCAUUGACUGCAUUUCCGAGUAAAAAGUCUAUAUGGCUUAGAGCGGCUUAUUUUGAAAAAAAUUAUGGAACACGAGAAUCAUUGGAAACCUUAUUACAAAGAGCAGUUGCCCAUUGCCCCAAAAAUGAACAACUAUGGCUUAUGGGUGCAAAAUCAAAAUGGCAAGCGGGAGAUGUACCAGCUGCAAGAGGUAUUCUAUCAUUGGCUUUCCAAGCCAAUCCAAAUUCUGAAAAUAUUUGGUUAGCUGCGGUAAAACUUGAAUCAGAAAAUUCGGAAUAUGAGAGAGCAAGGCGCUUGUUGGCUAAAGCCAGAGCUUCUGCUCCCACUCCUAGAGUUAUGAUGAAAAGUGCUAGACUGGAAUGGGCUUUGAAUAAUCUAGAGGACGCUUUGAAACUUCUUGAUGAAGCACUCACAAAUUUUGAUGAUUUUCCAAAACUAUGGCUAAUGAAAGGACAAAUUGAAGAACAACAAGGUCAUCUGGAAAAAGCUAUUGAAACUUAUAAUCAGGGGAUUAAAAAAUGCCCUACGUCAAUACCUCUUUGGCGCUUAUUAGCACAAUUAGAAAUGAAAAGAAACAAUUACACGAAGACUCGCUCAGUUUUAGAAAAAGCUCGUCUUAGAAACCCCAAAAAUCCAGAACUUUGGUUAGAAGCCAUCCGAAGUGAAAUGAAGAUAGCUGGUAAUCGAGAUAUAGCAAAUACUUUAUUAGCUAAAGCUCUCCAGGAAUGUCCCAAUUCAGGAUUGUUAUGGGCUGAAGCUAUACACAUGGAACCCCGCCCACAAAGAAAAACAAAGAGUGUUGACGCAUUAAAAAAAUGUGAACAUGAUGUAAAUGUUAUCGUAGCUAUUGCAAAGAUGAUGUGGUGUGAUCCUAAUAAAAUAAAUAAAUGUAGAGAAUGGUUCAACAAAGCUGUAAAAAUAGAUGCUGACUUAGGCGACGCAUGGGCUUACUAUUAUAAAUUCGAACUUUUGAAUGGUACUGAAGAACAACAAGAAGAAGUUAAACGACGUUGUGUAACAGCUGAACCUCGGCACGGUGAAAAUUGGUGUAGAGUUUCUAAAAAUAUUGCCAAUUGGUGUCUAAGCAUUGACCAAAUUUUAGUUUUAGUAGCAAAGGAAUUACCUAUUCCAAUUUAGAAUAAUUUUUUAUACAAUAUAUAAUGGCAUUUUUCCAAUUCUAUUUUCAUUUUAUUAAAAAAAAAAACAUUGAUAACAUUGUUUGUGAAUAUUAUAAUACGUUAAGAAAAAACAAAAAAAAACAAUUUUUUAAAAAGUAGUAUGGUAUACAUAUACAUAUGAAUUUGUAUCGGCCAACGUUGGUAAUGCUUCAAAUAUGUUUCGAAAUCUUAACUUCUGUUAAGCUUUCUAUAGUAAAAUGUACAAUGCUUAGAACACAAUUUCAACUAAAAUUUAUGUGGCUAUAAUGUACUCAUGAUUUUACAUUUGAACUGAUUAUAAAAAAUUAAA